UCUGGAGGACCAAGAGACAUGCUGGCCUCUGGGCCAGAGUGGCCCCAGUCCUUCUGAGGGUGGGGGCAGGAGGCAGAGUGAGCGGCAGGGAGACCCCUGCCUGCCACUGUGAUGUCACAGAGGCAGCCUCCUGGGUCAGCCAGCCCCACCCCAGCGUGUCCUGGUUAUGAGAGGACACCCUCUCCAGCCUACCUCAUACCACCUGACCCCUCUGCUGGCAAGAGGGGCUCUGAUUCAUCUUCACACUCAAGGCUCAUCCCACGCAACAAAUUAAGACAUAACAGAAGAAACACUGAAACCCCUCUGCCUCAUAACUUCAAAAGUGAAUGAGCAAUUCCUCUCAGCUGAUUCAAAAUGUUUGUCUCACCCAGAAGAUGGGGCUCCCGAAGGGCUUCUCUAGCCAACGGACACGCCUAUCUGCCGUCCUCAACAUGCUAUCACUCAGCCUCUCCACAGCAUCCCUGCUCAGCAACUACUGGUUUGUGGGCACACAGAAGGUGCCCAAGCCCCUGUGCGGGAAAGGUCUACCAGCCAAGUGCUUUGACGUGCCGGUGCCCCUGGAUGGGGGCGGCACCAACGCAUCUUCCCCGGAGGUGGUGCACUACAGUUGGGAGACCGGGGAUGAUCGGUUCACCUUCCAUGCCUUCCGGAGCGGCAUGUGGCUAUCCUGUGCGGAGAUCAUGGAAGAACCAGGGGAGAGGUGCCGAAGUUUCCUUGAACUCACACCACCAACCGAGAGAGGUGAGAAAGGACUACUGGAAUUUGCCACGUUGCAAGGCCCACGUCACCCCACUCUCAGAUUUGGAGGGAAGCAGUUGAUGGAGAAGGCUUCCCUCUCCCACCCUCCCUUGGGGCUUGUGGCAAAGAUCCUAUGGUUAUCACUGGGAGCCCAGUUUGCCUACAUUGGACUUGAACUCAUCAGUUUCAUCCUGCUACUGACGGACUUGCUGUUCACGGGGAACCCUGGCUGCAGCCUCAAGCUGAGCGCCUUUGCUGCCAUCUCCUCUGUCUUGUCGGGCCUUCUGGGGAUGGUGGGCCAUAUGAUGUACUCACAGGUUUUCCAGGCAACGGCCAACUUGGGUCCAGAAGACUGGAGGCCACACGCUUGGAACUAUGGCUGGGCUUUCUACACGGCCUGGGUCUCCUUUACCUGUUGCAUGGCAUCGGCGGUCACCACCUUCAACACCUACACCCGGCUGGUGCUGGAGUUCAAGUGCAGGCACAGUAAGAGCUUCCGAGGAGCCCCAGGCUGCCAGCCGCAUCGCCACCAGUGCUUCCUGCAGCAGCUGGCGUGCACAGCCCACCCAGGGGGCCCCGUGACCAGCUACCCCCAGUUCCGCUGUCAGCCCAUCCGCUCCAUCUCCGAAGGGGUAGACUUCUACUCAGAACUACAUGACAAGGAACUUCAACAAGGCACCAGCCAGGAGCCUGAGACCAAAGCAGCUGGCUCAUCUGUAGAAGAGUGUUAGGAGUUAGGGGGUUUGGAGAGCAGGCCAAAGCCCUACCUUAAACGUUGCUCUGUGAUCAACACGUGCUCAAGCCACA